AUGGGGCUUGACUAUUUGUUCGUACAUGCAAAGUACAACGUACCGCCAGCACUGGCUAUAACACUAUUAUACGGACCGUUCUUCACGAGGACAGAUAUUCAAAAGAUCUUGAUACUUUGUACCAUAGCUGUCAUUUGGACAAUCCCAUGGGAUUCGUUUCUCAUUCAUACUCACAUAUGGACAUAUCCUACUGAUUCGAUCCUUGGACUUACCCUUUUCAAAAUACCCAUUGAAGAGGUGUUCUUUUUCAUAAUUCAGACCUAUAACACUAGCCUGCUUUACACUCUGCUUGGUAAAAGAUUACUGCUGCCAAUAUACCUCUCAGGGCCGUUGAAGAGCCCGCAUCGGACCAUCCUUAUCUUGUGCAGAGAUAUAGGUACCGUUUUAUUUUCAGGAACGGCAGUUCUGGGCCUGACUUGCAUGUAUCAUGGUGGGAAAUACAUGUAUAUGGGCUUAAUCCUCACUUGGGUGUCCCCAGUACUCACUCUCCAAUGGCUCUUGACGUACCGCUUUCUGCUCGCUCUGCCGCCUACCAGCACUUUAGUCCCUAUCCUACUACCCACCGCAUACCUUUGGCUGGUGGAUACUCUUGCCUUGAAAAGAGGUACAUGGGUCAUAGAGACAGGAACGAAAAUGGAUAUACAGAUAUGGUCCGGUCUGGAGAUAGAAGAGGCACUUUUCUUCUUUGUGACUAAUCUUAUGAUAGUCUUCGGCCUUGUAGCAAUCGACAACGCAAUUGCGCUACACGAGUACAAGUCCUUCACGUCCACUGAUACUAUUGGUGAAAAACCCUCUGUUGCCCUUCUCAUUGCCCCAUUCCUCCAGGGCAACGGGCAAUACGAUCAGAACCUACUCCAAAAUCUGUCUCAGGCUGUUGAAAGUCUUCAGAAUAAGAGUCAAAGCAUGUACUUAGGCAGCGCGACUUUCGAAGGCCAGCUACGGAUGGACCUUAUUUCAUUAUAUUCAUUUUGUCGCAAAGCUGACGAUUUAAUUGAUGAUGCGCCCAAUUGCGAAACUGCAAAAUAUUGGAUCAAGGAAUGUGCCAAAGCCUUGGAUGUGAAGUUUAAUUCCACUGAAGUCAAAUUUGAGGAUCCAAGGGCGUAUCAAAGAAUGACAGAACUAAUUCCAGCACCUUUGCAUGUCCCAUUCCAUCUUCUUCCAGUAUCACGUCUGCUCAGGGAACCAUUUUUGAGUCUACUCGAAGGCUUCAAAACCGAUCUGGAGUUCCAUUCAGAUGAUAAAUUCCCCAUCGCAACGGAGAAAGAUUUGGAAUUGUAUGCCUACCGCGUGGCUGGUACUAUCGCAGAACUUCUUCUGGAUAGGAUUUUCCGUCAAUACCCAGAGACUGUUGAUGACGUCGAAAGAUCAGAUAUAAUAUCGUCUGGAGAGCGCAUGGGUCAAGCUCUACAAUACGUGAAUAUUGCACGAGAUAUUGUCCGAGAUGCCGCCAUAGGCAGAGUCUAUAUCCCAACCUCAUGGCUCUCCGACGAGGGACUGACACCUUCAAUGGUAGUCAAGAACCCCAACCAUACUAAAAUGGCCAUUCUUCGAAAACGCCUUCUCGAUAAAGCAGAUGCAUGUUACGCAGAGACGCACAUACAAAUGGACAAGCUCCCCUUGCCCGUCCGAGGCCCUGUCCGAGCAACUGUGAUGAGUUAUAUGGAGAUAGGUCAUGUAAUCAGAGAAAAUGAAGGAAAGUCUUGGAACGGGAAGCUGAAAGUUUCAUUUUGGAGGAGGGUCAAGGUUGCGUGGUUGGCCAUGGCAUCAUAG